ACGGUGGAAUCAUGCCAUGUCAUCGAACACUGCAUGCAGUAUCUGCACUUCAUAUUUUAUAUGAUUAUUUUAGCUUUCCAGGUUGAGUGGACUUCUUCUGUUUUUUUUUUUUUUUUCUCCUCUUUCUAGUCACGCCUCUCAGUACAGUGGGAGUCUAAAGGCUACUGGUGGCUGUAUUAUAGCACAGCCACCAAGGUUAAUUUGCCUUCUAGCCUUCCCAGGAAAGCAUCAUCUUCAGCCGCAGAAGCAGACGCUGGACUACAAGCCCCAGCAUCCCUUGCGCCUGACCCGAUCCCUAUGUGACAGUAGAAAGCCCAGAGAGAAGGGCAGCUAGGAGACAGAGCUCAGUGUCGCUGCUGUCAGCCUGGGAUCUAGCAGGCGGCCCUCGCCAUAGACAGCAGACACCCAUCCUGUCUGCCCCGGGCCACCACCACUACCACCACCACCAUUAUUAUGAUUAUCACUGGAGGAGGACCGCUGGACAUACAGAUAUUGUAGUGAUCCCCACCCUGCAUUGAUGCAUUGCAAUCUAAGCCCUGCUUUAUCUCCAUGCACAGCCUCACUUUAGCCGUAUAAUCGUUGCACAUAUUAUUAUUAUUAUUAUACAUUUGUAUUUCUAACUUGCACGGUAUAGUUGCUGACCCUGUUGUUGUCAGUGAGGUCCCCCUCCCCUGUGUGUACAUAUCGCGGGUGUUAUCGCAGUUAGGUACAUAUAGCGGGUGUUAUCGUGCCCCCCGGCUUGCUCGGGUCCCGAUGCCGAGGAAGAGAUGCAGAGAGCCGGGCAGCUGCUAGAGAGGAGGCCGGGGAGCGAUGCAGGGAUGGCGGAGAGCAGGCUGGCCCUGUCCGCCCGGCAGCAGUGCGAGCUCAUCCAGAACAUGAUCGACAUCUCGCUGUCCAACCUGCGGGGGCUCCGCACUCAGUGUGCCGCCUCCAACGACCUGGCUCAGCAGGAGAUCCGGACCCUGGAGGCAAAGUUGAUGAACUACAUAAGCAAACAGCUUCAAUGCAAGCUUCACGUGCCUCAAGUUGAGCGGUCCGCAGUGAUAAACAGCUAUCCAAGAAUCAGCGACUGGCUGCACACUGUCAGUGUGAGGAAUGAGGUUAUACAGAAAAUAGCAGAAGCUGUAACACUAGAUGCCUUAUUGGAGAUGAAUGAGUUAAAAGUUAAAGAAACAAUGAAGCGAUAUGGAGCCAGCGCAGAAGAAUGUUCCAGACUUAACGGAGCCCUCACAUGCUUAAAGAAAUUAGCACGAUCAGGUGGGGAAAUGAAGGAGACUUUGUGGAAUCCUACUGAAAUGAGAAAGGAAAGCACUUCCCAACUUCCAACUGAGCUCUCUUCACCUGUGGGUACUGUAUGGACUCUGAACUCUCAGCUUCCAAAGGCCAACAGCCACCAACCUCGCUCCAUAUCUGUGUCUGCCAUCCCUGUUUCUGAUUCCUCAAGCCAAGGAUCUUUUUUUUAUGCAGAAAACUUGCAGGACCCCUUCCCUUCACCUUCACCCAACAGUAGGUUAAUGCUGAGGACUCCCCAUGGGAUUACAAUCACCCCACCUACCACUCCACAGUUAAAGAGACCCAUGAAGCUGAAGCCUCCCCGGACACCCCCUCCACCCAGUCGAAAGGUCUUUCAACAAUUAUUGCCCAACUUCUCAACUCUAAAAAGAAGCAAAUCUCACGAAUCACAGCUCGGCAACAGGAUAGAUGAAGUUCCUCCUAUAAAAUUCGAUCUUCCUCAUAAACAAGGUUCUCCACAGAUACUACGGAGAGACAUAGGAAUUUCGGUAACACAUAGGUUUUCUACAAAAUCCUGGCUUUCUCAAGUGUGCCAUGUUUGUCAGAAAAGUAUGAUGUUUGGAGUUAAGUGCAAACAUUGCAGGUUAAAAUGUCACAAUAAAUGUACAAAAGAGGCCCCUCCAUGUAGAAUAUCAUUCCUCCCCAUACAACCAAAAAUAAGAAGAACGGAAUCUGUUCCUUCUGACAUUAACAACCAGGUGGACAGACCAGCAGAACCUCACUUUGGAACCCUCCCCAAAGCACUCACCAAGAAGCAGGAACACGCUCCAGCAAUAAACCACCUUGACUCAAGCAGCAAUCCAUCUUCAACCACAUCUUCCACACCUUCUUCCCCAGCUCCUUUUCCGUCCUCAAACCCUUCUAGUGCGACAACUCCACCAAACCCUUCUCCAAUGGGCCAGAGAGACAGUCGUUUUAGUUUCCCAGCUGCCUACUACAUUCAGCAUAGACAACAGUUUAUCUUCCCAGAAGUUUCUAUCCCACCACAAAUAAUGCACCCACCUGAACCCUCUGAAAAUUUAAGCGUUGAAGCUGAAAUGGAAAAUGAGGCGGCUGAAGAACAGGAAGCAGAGGCAGAGGAGCAAGAGGCCAACAAGUCUGAACCAGAGUAUGAUGAUGAUGAGUUGGAUGAGCUCCCACCCACAAGGUCUACAAGUGGAACCUUCAGAGGGAUGAUUUUUCGCAAGGCCAGCCAGACCAGCGUAUAUCUACAGGAAUGGGAUAUACCCUUUGAACAAAUUGAACUUGGAGAACUUAUUGGCCAGGGGAGGUGGGGAAAAGUUUUUAGAGGCAAGUGGCAUGGGGAGGUAGCUAUCAGAUUAUUGGAGAUUGAUGGAAAUAAUGAAGACCACCUGAAGUUGUUCAAAAAGGAAGUCAUGAACUACAGACAGACAAGGCAUGAAAAUGUGGUGCUCUUCAUGGGGGCCUGUAUGCAUCCUCCACAUUUGGCCAUCAUCACCAGUUUCUGCAAAGGGAGAACACUUCACUCUUUUGUAAGAGAUCCCAAGACAUCCCUGGAUAUCAACAAAACAAGGCAGAUUGCCCAAGAAAUUAUUAAGGGCAUGGGGUAUUUGCAUGCCAAAGGUAUUGUACAUAAAGAUCUAAAAUCCAAGAAUGUUUUCUAUGAAAAUGGAAAAGUCAUCAUCACAGACUUCGGUCUGUUUGGAAUUUCAGGAGUGGUGCAAGAAGGAAGACGUGAAAAUGAACUAAAGUUGAAUCAUGAUUGGUUGUGUUAUUUGGCACCAGAAAUUGUACGUGAGAUGGCUCCUGGCAAAAAUGAGGACAAGUUACCUUUCUCUAAAGCUGCAGACAUAUAUGCUUUUGGGACUGUGUGGUAUGAACUACAGGCUAGAGACUGGCCUUUCAGAAUCCAGGCAGCUGAGGCUCUUAUCUGGCAAAUUGGAAGUGGUGAAGGUGUGAAGCAAGUCUUGUCUACCAUAAGUGUGGGGAAAGAAGUCACUGAAAUUCUAGCUGCUUGUUGGGCUUUCGAUGUCAAUGAACGACCAAGCUUUACACUCCUCAUGGACAUGCUGGAGAAGCUGCCAAAACUGAACCGGAGGUUGUCACAUCCAGGGCACUUUUGGAAAUCCGCCGACAUUAACAGUAGCAAAAUUGUCCCCCGUUUUGAAAGGCUUGGCCUGGGAAUCUUGGAGCAGGGUAACCAAAAGAUCUAGUCUGCUGAGGAAUGUCUAAUUGUCUCUCCUAACACUCCAGAAACCACCAAGUUCCAAUUGCAGAUACACUGAUGACUCCCUGUAAUUGAUUUACUUUAUCUGUGUUACUGAAUUUACUUCAACCCAUUCUGCACUGAACAGGAGCAAUGCAGUGCCUUGCCUAUCCCUCCCACCGCUGAAUGGCUUAAGCCUUAACUCUACCUACUGUUUAUGUUGUUUACAUAUGAUUUUAGGCAUGUGAGCUGUAUUUUGACAAUGGAAAAUAAUAAAUGUGACUGACUUUUUUAAUUUUAUUUUGUUUAAAAAAAAAAAAAAGUAUGUGUGUGUGCGUGCGAGUGUGUAUAAAUAAAUAUAUAUAUAUAUAUAUAUAAAUAUAUAUAUAUAUAUAUAUUGUAAUGUACUUAUAUACUUUUUGUAUAAGCUAUACCAUGAAUGGUCUUUGGGGGUUUGCAAUUAUUGAUUUUAUGGUAUAACUACAUUCAUUUCUUCCAUCCCUAAGCCAUAAGAUGGACAGUUCUUAGCCACAUAAUUGUAUUAGAGUUUCUAAAAACUACACCUCUGAAAUAAUCCUCUUGGUGAAAUGUAUAUAUAAAUAAACAAGUUUCAUUCA